AUGGAUGCGAUCGAGUGCUUGGUGCGUUACGGCCAACGCAAAAUCGUGGUCACUGUGGGAGGAGAGCGCAGGCGCCCCGAUUUGAUCAGAAGCCUUGCGCAUAAAGAAGCGUUCCAGGGGCUGGACCUCCAAUCAAGCGACAUCCUGGUUUACCAUGCUGGAUUCGGCACCGACGUUGAUCUUAUGGAGGACAUGGUCCUCCAAGACAAGGCGCAGCUGACAGUUGUGCAGGAUGCAUCGCAGUACAGGGUCAUGGACGUCAUCGUCCAAGAAGCCCCCGGACCGUCGAGAGUUUCCGUGAAGGACCGAUCGACAUACAGUUUCCCUCCAGUCCCCUUGGACAUUGUGCAGUCCCUUGGAAAGCACAAGAAGGGACACCACUUAUCGUGCAGGGGCAGGAUCAUCGAGUGGUUGUACCACGAUUUGUGCCUUUAUGAUCUGUUUCCAGAGAAGCUAUAUGAGGUAGCGGCAAGGGGGCUCGUGAGGACCUUCCCGGAGCUCUCGGACUCAACUGGAACAGGAUGUGACUCGUGGCGCAUAGCCUUGCGCUUCAAGGCCAAGCGAGAGAGGCGCAAGCUUCGGGAGCGUGCCAGGCAGGACGACGACUGCGAGGGCGAGGUGCGGCCACCAAAGGCCUCCAGGCCACCCCGAGACCCCACACCAAGGCGUGUCACCAGGCCUGGCACUGACAUAGUGCUGCCAAUGGAUGGGGAGGACGCUAACAGCAUCCAGGGGCACGUCUUGGAGAUGCAAAGAGAACUCCAAAAGCCCAAGCCCAACAUGACAUAUGUGGAAGACUCCAUGGCGCGGACGCUGGCCACACGAAGGCUGUGGGUCACAGUCGAACACCCAACUGUGGCGGCGAUUGUGGACAAGUACCCUGCACUGCGGCAUGGUACUUUUGUGCAGCAAGAGUUCACAGCGGUCACUGGCAAGACCAUAGAAGAUAGGCUGAUGUCUGGCCUAGUGAAUAGCAGCUUGAGGGUCUUGGAGGCAGCCAGGGGCAAGCGACACCUCGCUGGUUUUUUCCAGGACUUCGACAACCGGUUUCUUAGCGCUGAGUCUAACCCAGAAGAUGAAAUGCUGUUCAGGGCUGCGCUGCAGGCACUGCCAUCCUUGGUGAAGGAAAGGAGCCUGUCCUUCCUCUACCCAGAUGACCCUGCGGCACAGCCAACGUACCCGGCCAUUGGCUACGAGGGCGACGACGUCUACGACGCGACUUCAUUUUUUGUUUGUGUGGAUGAGCUUCGGGUUCAGGAACACACUCUGCUGGGGGCUGUCGGCACGAUGACAGCUCUUUACUGGACCCUGAACAUGGAAUUCAAUCCCAAGGCUGCAAAGACACUGCAGCUAUUGUCACACCUCAUUGGUGUCAAAUCCGGUCUUACAGCCAGCCCUCUUGUUCUUGUGGCUCUAGGAAUCAUAGAUGGCUGAGCCGGCAUUGUGCAAGUGUACAUGUGUUUGUAAGAUUUUUUUGUUUUAAUAUUCUGAAAGUGUUUCAGAGUGCAGUGGAUGUUUCGUAAUUAAUCAUCUUUUAGUUUCCUCAUCAUGUCCAAUGCCUGUUUAGUAACUUGUUUUGUAGAAUUUUGGUCUAGUAUUUUGGUUUUCAUAUUUUUCAGGGUUUGAUUACCCUGAGUUUGUAUUUUUCACAUGUAUCUAUUCUGUUCAGAAUACCAAUGUCACUUUUUGAGGGCGACAUCUGUAA